CACGAAUCUUAUAGAAUUUUUCGAGGAUGUAACUAGUAGAGUGGAUAAGGGAGAACCAGUGGAUGUGUUAUAUCGGGACUUUCAGAAGGCUUUCGACAAGGCUUUCGACAAGGUCCCACAUAAGAGAUUAGAAUACAAACUUAAGGCACACGGUAUUGGGGGUUCAGUAUUGAUGUGGAUAGAGAACUGGCUGGCAGACAGGAAGCAAAGAAUAGGAGUAAACGGGUCCUUUUCACAAUGGCAGGCAGUGACUAGUGGGGCACCGCAAGGCUCAGUGCUGGGACCCCAGCUAUUUACAAUAUAUAUUUAAUGAUUUGGAUGAGGGAAUUGAAUGCAACAUCUCCAAGUUUGCGGAUGACAUGAAGCUGGGGGGCAGUGUUAGCUGUGAGGAGGAUGCUAGGAGGCUGCAAGGUGACUUGGAUAGGUUGGGUGAGUGGGCAAAUGCAUGGCAGAUGCAGUAUAAUGUGGAUAAAUGUGAGGUUAUCCACUUUGGUGGCAAAAACAGGAAAGUAGACUAUUAUCUGAAUGGUGGCCGAUUAGGAAAAGCGGAGAUGCAACGAGACCUGGGUGUCAUGGUACACCAGUCAUUGAAAGUAGGCAUGCAGGUGCAGCAGGCAGUGAAGAAAGCAAAUGGUAUGUUAGUAUUCAUAGCAAAAGGAUUUGAGUAUAGGAGCAAGGAGGUUCUACUGCAGUUGUACAGGGUCUUGGUGAGACCACACCUGGAGUAUUGCGUACAGUUUUGGUCUCCUAAUCUGAGGAAAGACGUUCUUGCCAUAGAGGGAGUACAGAGAAGGUUCACCAGACUGAUUCCUGGGAUGUCAGGACUAUCAUAUGAAGAAAGACUGGAUAGACUCUGCUUGUACAUGCUAGAAUUUAGAAGAUUGAGGGGGGAUCUUAUAGAAACUUACAAAAUUCUUAAGGGGUUGGACAGGCUAGAUGCAGGAAGAUUAUUCCCGAUGUUGGGGAAGUCCAGAACUAGGGUCACAGUUUAAGGAUAAGAGGGAAGUCUUUUAGGACCGAGAUGAGAAAAUAAUUUUUUACGCAGAGAAUGGUGAAUCUGUGGAAUUCUCUGCCACAGAAGGUAGUUGAGGCCAGCUCAUUGGUUAUAUUUAAGAGGGAGUUAGAUGUGGCCCUUGUGGCUAAAGGGAUCAGGGGGUAUGGAGAGAAGGCAGGGAUGGGAUACUGAGUUGGAUGAUCAGCCAUGAUCAUAUUGAAUGGCGGUGCAGGCUCGAAGGGCCAAAUGGCCUACUCCUGCACCUAUUUUCUAUGUUUCUAUGUAAAUGAGUGUGGGCAAAGCCCAUAAUUUCUGAACACCAGGCAACUUGUAGAGAACUUUGCUGGUAUAAGAGGUAACUCUUCCUAUCUUCCUAUGAAGAUGUUGGUAAUAUACAGAGCCAUGUAACAUAGUGCUAGAAAUGCUAACUUCAUUUUGCUCUCCACAGCUGCUGUUGGACUUGCUGAAUGUUUCCAACGUUUUCUGUCUUUAUUUCAGAUUUAUUUAAAGCACUAGCAGAUGCGAGAUCACCUUUAAGUGGUUGAAAUUGUGUAGUCAUUGCUUUACUAGCCCAGUGCAGACACAAACGUGGUUGAGACACAAGAAACUACAGGUGCUGGAUCUUGAGCAAAAUACAAAUUGCUGCAGGAACUCAGUGGGUCAGGCAGCAUCUGUGGAGGGAAUGGAUGUAUGUAUGAUGUUUUGGGUUGGAACCCUUCUUCAGACUGAUUGAAUGUGGUUGAAUUGGUCUUUGAUGCAUUUGAAUUCUUGUGUAUAACUGAAGCCAUCGGCUAUAAAUGGAAUAUUACGGAAAAUAACAGUUCAUUUGGUCAAAUGAUGCAGAGUCCAUAAUGAAAGCAUUGAAUCCAUAACGCCACAUUUCUGUAACAUGGAAGCACCAAAGAUAGACACAAAGUACUGGAGUAACUCAGCGGGCAGGCAGCCUCUCUGAGGGGAAAAAGGAUCGGUGACGUUUUGGGUUAGAACCCUUCUUCAGGCUAAAAGGGGGGUAGGGGGAAGAACUGGAGGCAAGAAAAGACCAAAGACAAAUUGGAGCCAGGAGCAGAUGAUCUCAGGCAGGGCACUGUCCUGAGUCCAUUUCUGUCCAUUAGAUGGGAGUGGAGAUUCCAGGUUUGCAGAUUCGACUUUGGUUGAAAGAAAUUUGCCAUCAAGACCAAGGGGAAUAAAUAUAGUCUCAACAUUAAUUUAAAGUAGUAAAAUUAGCUGUGUGUGUUUAAGUACAGCACAUUAAUACUGUGUGAAUUUAAUGGGUUUGUGAGAUUGGGCACCCACUUUAUCAAGUGAAAGCAAUGCUUUUGAAGCAAUGUUUUUCCCCCCUGAUCUCCUUUCUAAACUGUUCAUGAACAGUAUGUUGGCUCAGGAGCUUGUUGUGUUAUGUGAUCCACCUGUGAUGAAAAACUAAAUGCCUUUCUGGCCAGAGUUGAAAAUAACUUAAUAUGAAGUUUGUUACUUGAGCAGAGCGUAACAUAACUUGCGGGCUUUCGUGCAUAUGCCUUUAAUUUUUAAGCUGUAAGUUGUUGCAUUGUUAAUGUGCUCUUCCAUCUUCAAUGAUUUCUGCACAAUAUACCUUAACUGUUGUUUUAUUUGCUGGAGUUGGCAGUCGGAAUACUAACACCAUCUGUUCACUAUGUCACGUGUCAGACUUUGCGGUUUUCACUAGAAGUGAACUCUAUGCCAUUUCCAUUGCAAAUCUUUCACCACAUCUUGUGUCGUCACUUGCCUCUACUUCAGAAAAUAACCUAAAAGUAAAACUUGGCCCGUCGCCUUCACUUGUCAGUGAACAAGUCCAGGUUUGUAGCACACGUGGUCAAAAAGAGCAAGUUGCUCAAAUAUCAAGGAGAGAAGGAUGAGGAACAGGAAAUGGGUGCAGAGGAGGAAGAGCUGAGGGCAUUGUUGGAGUAUCUGUCUUACGAGCACUCACCUUGGACCAGCAGGAACUUGAGCCCAGAGAACCGGUACCUGAGAAAACUCUCUGUCUACUCCCCAACACCGGUGAAUGAAAACCUGCUUUGUUUCAAUUUGAAAGCCUUGAGGCUUGUCGAUAAACAGAUCUCUAAGGUUGACAAGGACUUGUUGAUGUUUGAGAAUAUAGAGGGACUUACAUUAAGUGCCAACAGGAUCACUACAAUAGAUUCAGCCAACCUUCCAAGAAAGCUGAAGAUUCUUGAGCUCUGCACCAACAAGAUUUCGUCUCUAAAGGAUCUUUGCAACGACCCACCCCCAGAAUUACAACACUUGGGGUUGUCCUACAACAAGCUGUUUUUUCACUCAGAGUACAAAUACAUCUCAGACAAGUACUGGCCCAAUCUAUUAUCGCUUGAUUUGAGUUUUAAUGACUUUGUGGAUUUGAUGGAUAUUGUGGCUCAUAUUGCUUUGCUGCCAAAACUGAAGAACCUUAUUCUCCAGGGCAAUCCGUUUGCCUUUCUUCCUAAUUACCGGGGCUUCGUCAUAGACAGUCUACCGAACCUCACUGCCCUGGAUGAUGUGUUGAUAUCCUCAGAUGAAAGACAUGGUUUUAAGCUUAUGUCUAAAUAUGAAGAAUUUAACAACAAUGUCGCUCGGGUGACAAUAAAAAUAGGGAAUGUAACAGGAAUUCCUAACCCCGUUGAUCCUCUGGAGGAGUUACCGGAAUUCCCAAUGAUCAAGAGGAAUUACUUUGUAACCUAUGAGUUUCUUGAGGAGCUACAAGAUUUCACGAAAUUAAAUAUGAAGGACAAGAGAAAAGGCAAGCGUUACAGCCAAAUUACAACCUCGUCCAGUGAAAUUUCAAGUACCGCUGACUCGUAUAAAGCACAGAUUGGCUUUUCUCCAGAGCCCGUCGCCAGCACAAAAUCUCUACCAGUUCUUGAAUUUUCCACCAUAACUUUACCGGUUCCUGGCUCUGCCGUCAGACAUCUACCAACUUUUGAACGUAACAUCAAAUCUCUACCAGCACAAUGGCAGCAAGUACAGAAUGUCGUUAUUCACCAGGUACCUAAAAAACCGUGGGCAGAUCCGCUUAUGUGUCACUACACCCUGCAUUAUUCUGUGACUGAUUUGUCUGCAUUGAAGAAUUUGCUCCUAAAAGGUCUCAUAAUAAAUGUCAUUGAGGAAAAGAUCCUUUCGUGGCCAGCCGAGCCACCGGAUUUUCCAGAUGCUUCCGAGAAAGGGAAAGGGAAAGGGAAAGGUCGAGAUUCUGCAAAGGGAGGCAAAAACAGCGGCAAGGAGCCAAAGAGGCAAGGCAGUGCCAAGGAUCAGAAAGCAAAAGACAGUGCCAAGGACAAGAAGGGCAGAGACAGCGCCAAGGAUCUAAGGAAAAUACCGACUGUAUUUCAAAGUGAUGCACCCAUUGAGAGAGUCCUGGGAACGUACUGUGUGGAUCUGAACUCCAUGUUCACAGGGGGUCCUACGUUCAAGAUGCUUUGUGAUUUAGGAAUUCCUGUAAAAGAAUCAAUACCAAAACCACCAACUCCAGAUAUUAAGGAGACGAAGAAAAUAAAGAACGCAAAGAAAAAAGAUGAAAAGAGUUCAAAAGCAGGAAAAGACAGUGCAACAAAGCCAAAACAUAAACUAGACAAAUCAGCCCACAAGAAAGGGAAAAAAAAAUCUGAUUCUGUGAUUUUGGAAGAAGUCCCGCCAAAGCAUCUCUUUAUCGAUUUUAAGAUACAGUUCCAACGGUGGUUCUCCACAGCAGAAGCAUGGAAAGAAAUAAACAUAAAAGAUUCCACAGUUGUUUUCCUCAAAUUGUAACUGCAAUUCAGCAAUAAAUAUAAUGAUUAUUAC